AUGUAUUCACACACCCAACCUGAAUCUUUCUCAAUGAUUCCUCCUCCCCAACAACAACAGCCUCAGCCGCAACCAUUAGUACAAGGUCCUCCCAUGCCAUCCAAUAAUUACCAUCCAGCUGCUCUCGUUCAACCUCCUCAGUCCAUGAUUCAACAAUCUCCUAAUCCAAUCAUGAUGACGAAUCCAAUGGUGCCUCCAUCUCAACCAAUGACGAUGGUUCAGCAACAGCCCAUUCAAGGUGUUGUUCCAAUGAAUUCUGGAGUUCAGUAUCCCAUUCAACCUCAACCCAAUACUCCAACGUUGACUCCAAGUGAAAGUUUUCGUAAACCUUUACCAAAUGUAGUGGUACAAACGCCACCUGUCAUGACCACUGGUUCUCCUCAAUCAAUGAUGAUGGUUCCACAACAACAACAACCUCCUCUCAUGAUUCCAUCCAUGACCACCACUUCGACUCAACCCAUGAUGAUCAUGACUUCAAGUUCUACUCUUCCUCCAGGAAAGAUCAUUUCUGAAACUGACUUGAUCCAAGACAGUGUGAAAAACAAGAGAUUUGCCGAUGGUUCAACCAUUCUCAUUUGGUUAGGUCAAAAACUCAUUGAUUUACUCUUCUUCAAAAUGGGUGAUCUUGUCAUGGUCAAUCUCGUUCGUCGUCGUGAAAUUAAGGAAAUGAUUCUUGGAAAUCGUCGAUUGAAAUACAAGACGGGAGGAAAUUUGAAAAUGUUCAUGCUCGCUGUCGUGGAUAAACUCUUAAAUCUCUUUACUUUGAAUUUGUGGACCAUUUGUGGACAAUCUCAUGAAUUCUUCUUGUCUCAAAUUGAUGCGAGAAUUUAUUGGGGAAAACCCAUCAAGAUUCCUAAAAAGAGAAAGAAUUUGGGAUCUGAUUUGCAAGAUCAUUUUCUCGUAUGGGAACCUGAGUGUGAACGAAAUGGUCAAGCAGGUUUGGGCACGAUCAAGAUUUAUAGUGUUUAUUUGGGAGUUGUCAAUGAAUUGAUUUAUUGUGUGUUGAAAUGGGCCAAUACUCUGUGUUUUGGUUUGAUGCAACCAUUCAUUGAUUCGUGGUAUUAUCCCAAAUACUUUUCCAAGAUUCAAAUGGGUCCUGGUCGUUUCUGUGUGGUUCAUCCUCAAAUGAUUCCAGCCAUUAAUGAACAUGCCAAGAAGAGCAAGUUGAAGAAACAACCAUUGCCUCCGUUUCCGACAGGAGAUCAAACGUUUUUUACUCCGUACCCCAUGUUUGCAUGUCCUCAACAUCGAAUGGAACACACCUUACAAGAGAUGCAAUUACGUUUUGAUGUGAGUGGAGGAAAAUUCUGCAAGUUGCUGACCUAUCAUUUGACUGAGAGAUUAUUGGCCGUUGGUACAUGUGGAUUGUUUGUCUUGUUUGGAUUCAAUGAAUUGUAUCAACAUUCAUUCCGUAACAAGUUUAUUAGGUUUGAUAUAAAGAAAUAUGAAGGAAAUGGUGGACAGAAUGUAAUGAUUCCAAUGCAAGUGAUGAACCAUCAUCCUAACAAUGGUAGCAGCUUUAUGAUGACUACUACAACUACUGUGGUUCAACAAGUUUAA